AUGGCGACCGGGGGAGAGGGCCGAAAAGGUCCCGACGAUGAAGGCACAAUCAACGUCGCUUCCAAGAAGAUCGUGAAAGACAGACCAAACGGCGUAAUUAAAUUAAAGAAGGCCCCUCCGAAGUUAGUGAAGUUUGGUAAUUGGAGAGAUGGAAGUGUUGUAGAUGACGACAAAAAACCUAAAGCUUCCGAAAGUCCUUCCAACAUCAUCGGCGCAUUGUCUCCUGGACCUGUCGUGAACCAAUUAGACGAGAGCUCCCGUGAGACCUUUGCGACCGGACGACCCCUCGAAGACCAUCUAAACCUUCAACAAUGCAAGCAUUGUAAGAAAGGAAUUAUCAAGACAGCUGCUAAAGAACAUAUUGCGCAAUGUCUACGUAUAAAGAAAGAGAAGGCGCAACGCAAGAAGGAGGCGAGGGAAGCCCGAGAACGAGCAAAAGAACAGGCUCGAGAGGAAGAAGCUCGUAAAGCUGACGAAGACGGAGACGCCAAGAUGAACGACGAUAGUGACGACGACGACGAUGGCUCUCAGAAGAAAGGCACAGCUGGAAAGGCUUCUAAGAAGGUCGGCGGCAAGAAGCCGGAUGGAGAACCGAAGGGUAAGAAACGUAAGGCGGACGGGGACGCCGAGAAGGGCCCCAAGAGUAAGAAGAAGAAAGAGGAACCAAAGCCUAAAGUCCCUAAACCCAAAGGCCCCGUUGAUGUCGAGAAGCAAUGUGGUGUCAUUCUACCUAAUGGACAACCUUGUGCACGGUCUUUAACUUGCAAAAGCCAUAGUAUGGGUGCAAAGCGAGCCGUCGCCGGUAGAUCACUCCCUUACGAUAUGCUUCUUGCCGCGUAUCAAAAAAAGAACCAGGCUAAACAGCAGAAGGCUGCUCUUGACGCAAAUGCUCCUCUCGAGGACGACGACGACGCUAAUGCCGGUCCCGUCGACUCUGAUGAGGAGACUGCAGCGGUCAUGGGCGCACUAGCUCGAUGGAAUCCGCAACCGGUUCUGCCCCAGCCUAUCUUUGCGCCUAUCAAAAGGACUUACCAACUUGCUCGUCUUCACGAGCAGCUACAGACAGCAACCAAUGGUGGGCGAACCAACAUUUUUAAAGUGGUUGGGUUUGGUGCGCAGAAGCUCCCCGAUAACCAUACCGACAUCAGUAUGGAUCUAGACGAUGCACCUGGGGAACCGGACCUGGGAAUGAUGGGUGGAAUGGGCCCAAGAAGAUCCUCGAGUUUUAGUAUGCAAGCCAACUCACGGCGGCCGUCUGUAGUCAGCCGGGGAUAA